AUGUCGGACUUAGGCAAGAAAGCACCACCUUUGAAGCCAAAACCAACAGCAUUAAAGGCAAAUUCAAAUACUUCUGCAGGUUUGGCAUUGGGAACGGGUUCUGAGCUGAUCGAUACCGUGGACUCCGGUGAUGAUUUGACCGUGUCCUUGAGAAGUAGUCUACGAAAUGUGAGGUUGGAUAAUGGCGAAAUUUCACCUGUGACGACUCCAGAAUCUCUUGAAGUUGAGAAAAAGCUGAUACAGCCAUUGGCCAUGAAACCAGUCAGUUCGUUUCCCCCUCCACCAAGAAGAACUGUUCCGGUUGCUGUGAAAAAGGACGAGGAAAACGACGAGGAAAACGAGGAAGUCUUGCCCAAAAAGCCAUCCACACCUCCUCGCAAACCCGAAGCUCCAUUAGUGAGUAGUGCUUCAAGUUCUGAGUCCGUGGCGAGUGGUAAGCCUGACGGGGAGAGAGAGGAAGUUAGAAGACCAUUGGACCAACUUCCCAGGAAACCAGUGAGUGCAUUCCCACCGCCUCCGAGAAGAGUUGUCAAGCCUGAGCCUAAAGCUGUUGACGAUGAACCAGCUGAAGAGUCUGUUGAAAUUACCGCUGAAAAACCGGAAGACAUUCGCAUUGAACGACCCACUGCUCGUCUACCUCCAAAGACCUCGGUUGCGUUUCCACCUCCCCCCAGAAGGACGGUGAGACCUGCUUCCGUCGUAGUUUCAGAUGACGAUUCAGAUGAAGAAGACGCAGAAGUUGCGGAAGUACCAGAUACAAAACGGAAACCUGUGUUGCCAGUGAAACCCAAGGCCCUUUCAGCUUUGGCUGAAUCAUCUGCUUCUGGCACAAACGACUCCGAACCAGUAUCCAGACGGGAAAGUGCACCGAGAAUGGGAUCAUUGAGUGAAUCGUAUGCUGAUCUUAAGGAGGCUGCUAAAAAGUUUCCUCCUCCUCCGAAAACACCAGUUAGGCCCGGAAGUGUCUCCUCCACCUUCAGCACAGACCAGGAAGACCCUAUUGAAAAACCAAGCUUCCUUCGCCGAGCAUCACGUGUAAUAGAGAGAUCUACUUCUUCUGGAUCAAUUGAGUCUCAGGAUUCCAUUGGAAAAUCGAUUAUGACCAUGGGCAAUGCCAUGGGUAAUGCCAUGAGCUCGGUGCGUCUCUCCCAGCUUUCUCUCAGAUCAAGACAUUCCGAGAAGUCUUUGAGUGAUUCGUACCCUGAAGCACGACAAGAACCGGUAGUGGAUGCAGAACCAAAGCCUGUGCUGCCAGCUAGACCAAGACUUCCUUCAGGUGGUGAUGUUUCGCCAGCAAAGAGAAUGCCUCCUCCUGUCGUUAGACCCAAGCCUGGUGCCCGUACUCCGGUGAAAGACGAUGAAGAUACUCUCUCAGAUGAAGAUGCGAGGCCCAAAUUACCAUUGAGACACGUUUCUCCGGCUGGAAUUUCGACUCCGCCAAUCAUUCGUCCCAGACCCAGCUCUCGUUCUUCCUCCUCAAUCGACACAAAGAACGACGACGAAAUGGAAUUCAAGCCGAAAUUUGCGUUGAGACAUGUUUCACCAGUCAGGAAGCAACCACCGCCAAUAAUCCGGCCCAAACCGGCAUUGCGUGCUACAUAUACUGACGAUGAGAUCAGGUCUCAUUCGGAAGAGGAAGAAGAAGAACAGGAGGAGGAAAGACCUAAGCUGCCUCAAAGGCCUCGUGCUGCGCCUGCAAAGCCUGAGAUGAAGCCUCAAGUCAAGACCGAAAUAAAGCCCGAAUCAAAGCCCGAAAUACCAAAGCAGGCAAAACGUCCUCCACCAGCGCCUAAGCCAAGAAGCGUCGCGAGUUCUAUAACCUCCGUCGAAAAGACUGAAGAUGCUCGUGAUCCUACCAAGCAGAAGCCAAAGGCACCACCAGUGGUCCCACCUCAUAGAACUUUAGCAAAGUCAGACUGGAAACCUCCAGUUUUGGAUCUGGAACUGACCAAACCUUGGUUCGUCAACGAUGAAAACUUUGCCGAAAACUUGCCCAAAGUCUUCAAGGGCUUGAACUUUGCUACUGCUUACGGCUACAAUUCGAAAGAGCAUUUUAGAAUUCUUACGGUGAGACUCCACGAUUUAUCAACUGCCAAAGUGAAACUGACUUGGCCAAAGUCUGGUGAUCCAACAGCUUUGGUGGAGGUUGAGAAGAAAUUUGAAGAACCACCACAUGCAUCUUCCAAGCAACUUCUUGAAGGAGCUUCUCUGUUUGGUGAACAUGUAGCUAGUUGGUGUGAAACCAAAGAAGAUAAGACAGUUGGUGAUGGAGAGUGUUGGACUCUGGCUCAUGAUGCUCUGGAAAAAGGAUGUGGAAAACAUGCUUUCGUCUCCGAAGGUUUAGUUCAUGGUGCUUUGACUUUGCUGAUUAAGUUUGAGAAUGGCAAGACUGAAAGAGUCAAGUCUUCAGUCUCAGAUGGGAUCAAACGUGGAGACAUCCUCCAGUUCGAGAACUGUUGUCUCAGAUAUCCUAACAAAGCGUUGUUCUUCGGAUCACCCGAUCAUACCGCAGUUGUUACCUCGGUCAGUGGGUCUCAAUUAAACAUUAUACAUCAGAAUGUCAACGGUAAUAAGUUUGUGGUGAGGGAAGAGAUAGACAUUGACAAAUUGACUGAGGGAACCAUCAAGGUUUAUAGACCGGUGACCAGUAAGUGGAUUGAAGAUCUGUCACCAGUGUGGUAA